CUCAGUCACACUGCUGUAGAGACAGAAGACAUUAAGUAGCUGAAUACCUUACCUGGUCUUUCAGAGGACCCUUCUGCUGUGGGACUGCUGAGGGUUGAAGAACGGCAGAUUCUAAAAAUGGAAUGGGGAGGAGAAUGUUCUUUUGAUUCUUCCAAUUUAGACUGUUUGUUAAAUGUCCUUCCUGGAGAAUUGGAAUUUCAACAAAUCCUUAGUGAUCUUGAUGAAAAAAUAAAGAAGAACUCUUCCAGCAUAGAAAAGUGUCUUAAGGACCUGCAAUCAGACAUAAAUGAAAUAUGUACUGAUGAAGUACUACAAAGCACAACUGACUGCAUUCAGUGGCUAAACAACUGCAAUUUUAGUUCUCUCAGACCUUCUUCUACAGACCACGGAGAGCUGCUGGAGUUCCUUAAGACCCUGCAAAGCUUGCUGAAGAAUGAGAAAAAUCAAGAAGAAAUGGUACUUCAGUUCCUUCUGGAUCUCUCUAGUCAGUGUGGUGUCUCAUUUCCAUGUACUGCAAGCGGGACGUCUUUUGAGUUAACAUCUUCCCUUCAUACCAUUCAGGAUGAUUCAGCUGUGGAUGUGAAAUCUCUUUGGGAUGAUGUGAGAUUGCAUCUUCGACAAUUUUUAGUAAAUAGACUACAAAGUCAAGAAGAAACAAACAGGAAUGCUUUACAACAACAAAUGGAGUUUAAAACUCAGUGUGUACAGCAGCUUUUGUUUCUUUAUCCCAAAUCAGAAGUAUUAAUGAAGUAUCAAAAUAUGCAGAAUAAACUGGUUAGUGAUCUUCUACAGAACUGUAUUUUGUCUAGUUCUGGUGAAACAAAUUUUGAUAAGGUGGUUAAUGGUUACCAAAGUUCUAUACCCAGAUUGUGCACAAUGAUAAAAGAGGAUUUGUAUAUAUUAAGUGGAACUGUUGGUCCAUCUUCGUCAUUAAAGUUUAUUAAUGAAACUUACCUGGAUACCAUCACUGAAGAAAUGACAGUUCUUCUUGAAAGACUUUGUGAGCUGCAGUUCAAAGAAAAUGCUCUACACAUAGUUAAAGCAAACAAGAUUUCAAAGAAGCAUAGAGGAACAGUUCACACUAUGGCCUCCCAGGAAUACCACAGGAAAGGACGGAACUUCUGCUUAACCUUGUAUCAGCUCAAAUGUAUUUCUCAACUUAUCAAACUCUUUUUAUUAAUGGAGGAAAAAAUUGAGGAACUCUCCACGGAAAUUCUGCUGCUGCCUUCAUUUACAGAGAGGAAUAAGAAUGUUCAAGGAGUUCUGAAGAGAGCUAGUGGGGAGCUUUUAAUAGGAGAAACUAGAGCAAAUGAAGCCAGCGUGCUUCCUGAACAGUUACUUCAGGUAGAAGAGCCUAUUUUACUGAGUUUUGGCUGGAGAAAUGCAUUUAAAGACCUGUCUUCUUCUGUGGCUCAUUGUGUAACAAUAGCAAUUGAGGAUUUUUCGUCUAAAAUUCUUCAACAUGAGCAGAAAGAAGAGUGUUCAGCUGCAGGCUUUGCAAUGAGUCUUGUAAACAACCAGCAAAUGAGGGAGUCCUGCAGAGCAGUCCAACAGGAGGAGCAACCAAAACGAAUUGCUAAGUUUUGUUCUGACAUCAUGGAAGAACUCGACACGUUGCUUCCAUUGGCUCUGGCCUGCAGAGAUGAUUCUCUUCAGGAAAUUAGAGCAAACUUUGUAGAGGCGUGCAGCAAAGUGGCAACAGCUGUUUUGGCAAGACUAGAGGAGAAAAGCAAAGACGUUCCCUUGAAGGCUCCCCUGCAAGACUUGUAUGCUGCCCUUUCCACAGCGAUAUAUGUGUUUCAGCAUUUUACAAUGUAUAGCAAUUUAAUGAGAGAAACAAGCAAAAAACCCCUGUUCCUAGUGCCUCUCCAAAAAUAUCAGGAAUUCAUCAACAUUCUCCAAUUUCAAGUUACGAACUACUGCAUCAGAGUUUGUGCUACAAGUAUUUUACAGGAUGCUGAGAGCCACUACUGGGAUGACUGCAAAGCUUUUUACGAGGGGGAAAGAUGCUCAUUCUCUGUCCAGAUGUGGCAUUACUUCUGCUGUGCUCUUCACCAUGAUCUAUGGACUAUUCUACCUCCUAAGACAGCCCAGGAGAUUCUUACAGAUGUGCUAGAGCGAUCUUUGGAUAUUCUGUCAUCCAGAUAUUGUCAGGUGUGUCCCAGUUAUAAAAGGACACCACAAAUCAGAAUUGAUAUUGCAGCAAUUUUGAUGUCCACUGAAGAUAUGCUCUGGUCAAUUUGUAGUUCUGUGCAGGAGUUUCUGAAUCCACACAAAGACAGAGAUCUCAAGAUCUAUAAAAUACAUAGCCACUGCAAUAGUCUGAUCUCUGUGCUGGCUAUUUUAACUUCACCACUGAAGAAUUUGUAUGAGACAUUUCUGGAUAAUUCUGAUGAACAUCUUCCUCAAGAUUUUUCAGAAGUCUUUUAUCAUCCAUUACACUGGUUGUUUUGCAUACCAUCAUCCUGUUUUUUCUUUCUGAAGACUCCAUCAACCAGAGAAAUGGCAGCCCAAGGUCUGCUGAAGCUGCUCUUAUCCCAGCCAUACUGUAAUUUGAGCUUGCUUUUGGAAACAUUGCUACACCAUGAUUGUCUCUUAGUGAAAAUUUUGCUGAGAAGCUCAAGAAAUGAAGCAUUAAAUUGUGAUGAACAAAGCUCUCUCUUGGAACAGGAAAAUAACAAAGAGUCUACUCUGAUUGAAACAAUCUUCACAGUAUUGUCUUACUGCACUUUAUCACCCAAAUCUCUUGGCAUUGCUUUUGAGUCCUACAUGGAAAAAGAGCUCUUGUGGAACUGCUUAUACAAUAUGACAGUUUCCAGUUGUGGUGAGUCGGAGCCGGAAGUUAUCAGAUGCUUGAAGUUGACUUUGAUUAAUUCAGUCAAGGGUAUAGUGAAACAGAUAAUUUCUUUGAUGCAUUCAUGGGAGGCAAAAGAAAACUAUGGAACAUACCAGCACAAGCAAAUAGUUCCCGAAAGUUUACUGAAAACUGUUCCAAAGGAAUGGAAUUACACUCCUCGGGAAAUGAAGAGAAAAGAAUCUGGGAAAUGCUUCACAAGGCUUGCAGCUCAAGCAGUAUCUAUUGUAAUCAGCAAGUUACCUACAGUGAUUGCAUGUUUGCCUCCCCCAAUUAAAUACUUCUUUUUUCUGGCUGAGAGAAAAAUGUCAAGAAACUUUGCUGAAUUGAAGAAAGCUGGUCUGCUUGUCUGGAACUUGAUUGUAAUUAUAGGUCGGAUAUUUGAGGAUGGAAAUACUGCAGAAUUUUUAACAGGUGCAACACUUGAUAGAUGGAGCAAAGAAAAACUCAGUUUAGUUCGUGUGUGCUUAGAAAGUAUUAUGGGGAAACAGAAAAGUGGUCCUAAGCAAGUGACCCAGAAGAUUAUACAAAGCAUUGAACAGCAAAGACCAAACUGGAUUGAAAGCCAGUUGCUGAAGGCAAGAAAAUUGAGCAUAGACUGUGCUUCAAUCACAGUUAAAGGUGCAACGUUCGCGGAAGGAGAUACUGCAUUUGGAUUCACUGAGCAUAAUAUAAACAUGAUGGUCCUGGAUAUCUGCCACAAACCAGGUGGUAGCGAGUACCUGAGGCAAAUUUAUCACAUCAUCCGGCUCAAUGAGGAGUAUUUGAAAGAGCAGCUGUCCUGUGAGAAUUCUUCUGAAGAUGGUGUUACCUCGAGUCAAUGCCCACCUUUGACACUGAAGGGCAGCGAAGAGCAGCCUGUCUUCAACCCUUUCCAGGUGUACAGACAAUCUUGUGCAAAAGUAUUCAAUCAGUCAGCCAUUACUGAAUGGAACUGGGAUUGGUCAAGAUUGCUGCCAGGUUAUUUGGGACUGAAUCAGAUGGCCUUCAGGGUGCUGCUGACACACAGGCCACUAAACAGAGUGCUCCAUCCAUCAAUUGCUGAUGAGGUCUACAAAGCCAGUCAUAUCACCAGGUGGGAGAUGAAAGAAGAUGCAGAUCUUGAAGAUGAGGAGGACACUAUGGUGGAACACUUAAAAAAUGUUUAUUUGACACAAAGGACUCCUAUCGCAGAGAAUAAAGAAGAACAAUUACCUUGACAGAUUUCGGCUAGCACCUUUCUUCUGGACUCAACAAGAUUAUUUUAAUGUAACUCACGGGACUAGAAAGCUCAAAAAAUAUGUAUCUUGAGUGGGAGUUCUAAACUAAAGAGUGUUCCCCUCUUAUUGUCUGGUCACCCUGUCCCAGAAGCAAUUGUUCACACAUGCAUAAGGUGAGGAAUGGUACGGGAAAAUGUCAGUGUCACAAAACAAGGCGGUUGCAUCUCAGUACUGCAGAGGCAUAAACUGGAAUGAAAAACUAAGAAUUGUUUCAAAAAUAUAAAACUCAUUCUGAAAUAAUGAAGUUUUAGAUACAGGCUAAGCAAAUGCUCCUGGUUUCCAUCCACCGACUUUGGAGCUGGAGUCAGCCUGCCUCCAGUUCAUGUCACUCAAGGGCCUUUUCUCUCCUUUGGUGCUUGUUUAUUAAAUCACCCAAAAUACAAGAGAAGGGACAGGUAUAGACCAUACACCUACAGUGCUUUAUGAGUUGCUCCAGGAUGGGUAUGCUUGGCCAUUAUUUCCAAUCAAAAAUGCAUCAGCAUUACUGCCCUCACAAAUCCUUACUUAACAUCCCAGUGUAUUUUAUGGCCUAAAAAACACAUUACAGAGAAACUUUAGAAGUUUUGAGAAGCAUCUUUUUAUUUAAAAGAAGUAUUUACAGUCAAUGCUCAGAGGAUUAUCUUAUCAGUGAAUUGAAAAAAAUAAUAAGUAAUUUAAUUUUUUAUAGUAAAAUUUCAUAUUCAAAGUAACCCUGGUUUGAUAUUCAAAAUUAUCUGAAUAUUAAAUAUUUUUCUGAAUACUAAAAGUUUUUCUUACACACUGGUUAAAAUCAACAUUUUUUAUACAGGAGGUAUGGUUAGUACCUCUUUAGCUCUACAGAAAUAAUCCAUAAUUUCUUCUGUAAGUUUCUUUCAUUAGAAGUCCACUGUUUUUUCUUCCUGAUGUAGGAUUCUGGCAGGAUCUUGCUAAGGGUGCAAUCUGAGCAGAGUUAUUCGUGUUCCCAGCACAUCUUCACUCAGAUGCUAUUAUGGACAUAAGUUAGAUUACUUCAAUAUGAAGGCAUGCCUUUUUCCCUAAAGGCUCCAGCAGCAUCAUGGGUAACCAUAUUACGAAUGCUGAUUUAGGGUCUUAUCUGAAAUGCAGGUUUUCUCCUCUUAAUUGCUCUUUUUUUCCUUUUCAUAUAAAGAAUCAUACCAUUUAAAAUGAAAAUGUGGACAAUUGCAUCUUACAAAUCUCCAAAGAUCUUGUUACAACACUGCAACACAAAAGGGCUGUGAGGCACUGGAGCUUAAAAGAUGCUCAAAAUAUUAAUUAAAGCAUAAAGUAGACAUUUUCCUCUGCUGCCAGUGUAGUAAUUUCAGAUCAUAAAGGAAGUGAUGAAGUGUAAAAACCAUUUAUCUCUGCUUUGUAUUUCACCUUUGAAGAUUAGUGGUGGACUUCAGAUUUAAAACAUGUCUACAGGGAUCUUCCAUGAUGGCAGGUUUGGUAUUCUGAAAAAUGAGGCACACAUAUUCCAAGCCAUACAAAUAAAGUGUUAGUGUACAUAGAAACUGGAGAUCAGGAUAUUCUCUCCUAUUUUAUCAAAAUCUAUUGUACAUAAUCAACUUUUUGCAUAGUCACAUAAAGUGCCUAUGCAGUGAAACCGAUGGAAAUGCUUCUUUGUGAAAAUGCUCCCCUUCUGGGAAAUACCUUCUGCGAAGAGGAUAAACUUUGCAAGUGAGUAAGCUAACUGAAAAUAAAAUCCCUCACUUGCACUUCAGUGGAAAUAUCCAUGCAGUCACUUCCCUGGGCCUGCUGGCCACACUAUUCCUGAUAAAGUCCAAGACACCAUUGGCCUUCUCAGCUACCUGGGCAGACCCUGGCUUAUGUUCAGCUGGUUGUUGACCAGCAACUUUUCUGCUGGGCCACUUUCCAGUCACUCUGCCCAACACCUGUGGCACUGGUUUGGGUUGCUCCUCAUUGAACAGGGUGUUGAUCCUUGUUGCACUGGCCUCAGUCUACUGAUCCUUUGUCCAGAUCCUUUGUAAAUCCUUCCAACUCUCCAACAAGUCAACACUUUGGUGUCAUCUGCAAACUGACAGUGCUGACUGAGGAUGCCCUCUAGUCCCUGGUCCAAAUAAUUGAUAAAAAUAUUAAAUAGGAUUGUCUCCAUUACUGAGUCUUGGGGAAUUCCACUUACGACUGGCCAAUGACUAACAUGCAUAAGAACAUAACAACAUAAAAGUUGAACCUUUGCACAGUAUUUUAUUUGGAUGUUUUUCUCAUCCAAACCUAUACAUGCAUCUUUUAGGGUAUCUGAGUGCAAGCAAAUGUGUAUUUCAAAUUUACUUGACCCACAGUCCUUACUGAGAAAUAUCAGGGCUUGGUCUUGCUGGCAGUGUAACCAUUCCAAGUAACCUUUAGGGUAUAAAAGAGACAUCAUCUUGGCAAUAUUACUUAGUGCUGAAUACACACUUCUACAACAUUCAUAUUCAAUAAAAUUACAGUAAUAAUAACAAUUGUACUACUAAGAUUGCUAAGGAACAUGCCAUUAAUUUAUCAAGAUUGCUUGCUUUAAACUUAAACACUUAAUUGAAAAUCAAAAGAGCUGACAAUUUUUCCAUUGCAUAGAUGUAUUCCAUAGAUGCUUUUGUGUAAAAUUAGGAAUAUAACUGUAAGACUGCUGCUUUCUUUGGCUUUUCUUCAUAAAACAAUAGUUCUAUAUUCUUUAUAAAGGUCUGCUGAUUCUAAAAUUGAUUUAAGAUUAAAUUAAUUUUUAAGAAUGAUAUGAUGUCCUGGGUCUUUGACACUACCUAUUGAUCCAGUCUCACAAAAAUGUUUAGCUAAAUAAAUGAAAGCAUCAGGCAUCAGAUUUGUUGGCUACAGAAUGGGCCUGAAGUUUCAUGACCACCACAAUCUGAUCAUGUUAAUUCCUUCUGGAAGGUGGUCAAAAAUAAGAACUAAAGUCUGUUGUGUACAACAGACCUUUCUGAGUGGGCAAGAGCUGGCCUCACUGGCUUAACUGAAUUAGCUCAAAAGGAAGUUAAUGUAUUUAUAGAAAUUAAUUGGAUCAGAUAGCACAAACUAGGUUAACUAUACAUUAUCAUUAAUGCUCACACCUAAUUAUCAUUUAACAAUUUAAUAUACUUAGCUCCUUUUACAAAACAGGCUUCAAUGGGAGACUUCAUGGCAUGGAAUAUCUCUAAUUAGGUUUGUUUAAUGUUCCCUUCAGAAUGCUCCAAAUCUUAACAUCUUUCAUCUUUUGAAAGGUAAUUAAUAAAAUUAGAAGCAGGGCAAAGUUGAAAUUGCAUUAGUAGUAAUGCAACUCAGAGAGGAGAAAGAUAUUUUGGGAACAGAUUAACAUUUAGACACAGCCCUGUUUUCUAGUGACUGCUGUCCUGACAGACUCCCAUAGGCCAUGAUUUAUUCUAGGAGAGGGAAUUUGAUGUGUAUCUAUGCUAUUUGCUCAGGAAAUAUGUGCAAUGGCAAAUGGAUGGAUGUUCUCUAAUUCACCUCUACAUCAUCACAGCAGUGCAUGGUAGGCAUGAGGCUGGCUCCAGUUAGCUUCUGCUGGUAGAAUUAUUCCAUUUUCCUCUCAGCUGGAAGGUCUUCACAAAGUCCUAGUGAGUCUUAUGUACAGUAAAACAUCAAUUAUAUGCUGAUAUAAUAUUAUUUUAUGGAGCUCCCUAAAAAUGUGUGCAAUCAUUUCUAGGUACAAACAGUACUCACACUCCCAAGGCAACAGUUGAAGGAUGGAGGAAUCAGAUCCAUUGCCCAAUUAGACAUGAAAUGAGAUAAUAAUUUGAUGGCAACAGAGAGAUUUCUAAGUGACUAGAUAGAUCUUGGGGAGAUUUUUGUUGGAGGAAAACCACUUUUCUGUAGUAAUUUUCCAUGGUGUAAACGGUGUUACACAUGGAAACAGAAUCUAUAAAACUAUUCUAGGUGUAAUGAGUGAGCUUGCUUUAUCCUCUAUCUUUGGACUCCAGCACUUGAAAUGCAGACUAAACUAACUGACAUUGCUAGGAAGGCAGUACAAGAAAAGCAUGCAGGGUCUUGAGCCGGUGGGGCUUGAGGCCGUGUAAUACCCAUCAGUAAAAUGAUGGAGGAACCAGAUUAUUCCUCUUCAGCAGCAUCAUUUGAGAAUAGAUUGUUACCAAUUAUUGCAGCAAGUGAAAUGAUACAGUGCUAACCAAAAAACAUUCUAAAAUCUAAGGACUCAUGCAAAGAAGUAAAAAUAAAUCCAAAUACUUUUUUUUUUCCUGAAGUGAUUCUGUCUCAGGAAGAACUGGCAAUGACCAAAUAUUAAUGAGUAAAGUGCUCUUCUGAAUUAAGACUGUAUCUCUAAAUUUAAUAGACAGCUAUCCCUAAGCUGACAAGAAAUCAUGGCUGGUACAAAUUUCACUACUGGAGGAAGACCUUUGUAUCCAGGACAACUUCAGCUGUUAGUAGUUUGCAAGCUCUCUGAGAAGAUACAAUGUAAUAUCUCCUAGAAAGUGUAUUUAUGUUAAAAUAGCUCAUUUUACAUUUUCUGCCUAUGUGGUAAAACUGACUGAAACACCUUUUGUGAAAAA